CCUCCCCUUCCUCCGCAGUGCCCGCGGUGCCAGGCCCCGGGGAACCCGCUUCUCCCCUCCCCCCGCCCCGGGGCCCGAAAGACCGUCCGCCUUCCGAACAGCCCAGUUCUAGAAGCGGAAGGCUCCGGGCGUGCGAGGGGCAUCUGAUGUGGUCAGACCCGCGCGUAGGCGGGCUGGCGGGAUCCAGAAGAAACCAAGUCCCCGCAGGGCGAAGUGUUCGGCCAGGUUCCGAGGGAGAUCGUGACGAGUAUCGCCGCCUUGUGCUCUCUUCCCACAGGUCCCUCAGGCGGACACGAUGGUUGAAAACUCCCCAUCGCCACUGCCCGAAAGAGCCAUCUAUGGCUUCGUGCUUUUCUUGAGCUCCCAGUUUGGCUUCACCCCUUUAUCAUACCGUUGAUUCCACCCAGGCAAGCCUCAGCCUUGGAUCGUUCUCAUCCUUCACUCCCUUUGCUGCUACGGAACAAAGAUGGAAAAAGUCAUGAUUAGGUCCACUAGAAGUUUGUUUCACAACCUCAUGCUAUAUCUUGUAUGGGCCUUUAUUCCUGAGACUUGGUUAAACUCCAUAGGACUGACAUACUGGCCACAAAAGUACUGGGCAGUUGCUUUGCCAGUCUACCUCCUCAUUACUAUAGUAAUUACUUACAUAUUGAUAUUUGGAAUUAACAUGGUGAAUACUUCUCGACUGGACUCUGUUCAUACAGUCACAGAUAACUAUGCCAAAAAUCAGCCCCAGAAGAAAUCUCAAGAAAAAGCUGUGCUCGCCUUAAAAGAUAUCCCGAUUAGUGAAGUAAACCAGAUGUUCUUCAUUGCUGCCAGAGGACUUUAUCCUCAGAGCUGAAGGCUCGCAGAGAACAUCUCAACCCCAAGCAUUCGUUUCCAAGUUGUGACUGCUGACCUUUUCCCCUGAAAUACAUUGUAUUCAUCGAGAAGGGGGCAGAUCCAGCGGAGCGGACAGAGGCCUGGCCUUGGGUCCAGGAAAGCCUGGGCUCAAGCCUCCCUUCUGACAUAGGAGUUCUAUGACCCAGACUAAUCACUUAACCUUUGCAUGCUGCGUUGAACUCUAAAACGACUGCGGAGAGGAACUGGGAAGCCCAAGGGGAAGCAGCAGUGGCCGGCGGGGAAUGUUGCCGGGAAACUGCUGAAGGCAGAAGCCGACUGGCUGAACCACGGACCUGGUGGUUCUGCUGGUGGUCGUGUACCAGGGAACGAGGAGCUCGUUUCUCUGUUGGCCUCGGAUCAUCUCUCUGGACCUCGCAGUCAUUCCUCUCCGUUUGAACUCUGUCUCCACGUCCUCCAACCGGUAGCGUAGGGAAUCCUCAUCCCUCGGCCCCCCAUUCUCCACCUUUCCUGCCUUCCCCAACUAAACCCUUCCUUAGGAUAGAAGGGAAAGAUUUUCAUGAGACACGGCCAACUCACCCUGAUAGAGGAGGAAGAAGACGACGAGGGGGAGGGAGGCUGAAGAGGGCGGAAACGGGAGGAAGGCGGUAUGGAGGGAGGAGAAGAUAACUGCCUGAUCUGUUAGUCAUCAAGUAACCAUCAAAUAUCCCCCCUCAUUAUUAUCUGUUACACUGUAUACUACAGAGAAGGUGCAAAUAGAGUUUCCUUGUCUGGGGGAAGGAAGAGGGGGCAGGGUGUCCCCAUUUCAAUUUAAUAAUGGGUCCAGUCCCCGUCCCUGUCAGAUUUUUCUGGGAAGAUGUUUCAAGUAUUGAUGAAUGGAAGAAAUAAAAUACUGUAUGUCCUAUAUUCUGGCAAAGAACCUAAUAAAACAUUAAAGUUGUAGUUAAUGAA